CUAUCAUCUAUGGCACACAAAACCUUUCAUAUUGCAAUGUAUCCUUGGUUUGCCCUUGGCCAUAUUACUCCGUAUGUUCAUUUGGCCAACAAACUAGCAGAGAAUGGCCACAAAAUUUCCUUCUUCUUGCCAGCCAAAACAUUGCGCAUGGUUGAGGCUUUCAAUCUCCAUCCGGAUCUCGUGACCUUCAUUCCGAUCAUCGUUCCACAUGUUGAAGGUUUGCCUCUUGGUGCCGAAACAACAAAUGACGUUCCUUCCCCUUUGCAUCCUCUCAUUAUGACUGCCAUGGAUUGCACAGAACCAGAUAUUGAAGCUUACCUUCGUGAACUCAAACCCCAUUUUGUUUUCUUUGAUUUCACGUGUUGGUUGCCAACUUUGACUCGCAAGCUAGGCAUCAAGUCUGUGGUCUAUUGUAUCAUUAGCUCCGGAACUAUUGGUUAUCUUCUUAGUCCUGCAAGGAAGAUUAUUGAAAGAGGUUUAACCAGCUUUGAUCUCCUCGAGCCUCCAAAAGGUUUUCCAUCUUCGAGUAUAAAGCUACGCAUGUAUGAAGCUCAAGGUUUAGCUGCUGUGACAACAAUGGAUUAUGGAAGUGGUUUUUCAUUCGCAGAGCGCCAUCUAAAGUCUUUUAGUGAUUGUGAUGCUAUUGGUUUCAAGACAUGCAAGGAGAUUGAAGGGCCUUAUUGUGAAUAUAUUGGAAAUCAAUUUGAAAAGCCAAUGCUUUAUGCUGGUCCAGUAGUGCCAGAGCCACAAACAAUGGUGUUAGAAGAACGAUGGGAAAGGUUAUUAAGCAACUUUGAAGCCAAGACAUUGAUAUUUUGUGCCUUCGGGAGUGAAUGUGUUCUAAAAAAGGAUCAAUUCCAAGAAUUAGUUUUAGGCCUCGAGCUAACAGGUCUACCAUUCCUAGUCGCCCUGAAAGCACCAAUGGGAGCUCAAACAAUCGAGUCAGCCUUACCAGAAGGAUUCCAAGAAAGAGUAAAUGGAACAGGGUUCAUAUAUGGAGGUUGGGUACCACAACAACUAAUCCUAAGGCACCCUUCCGUGGGGUGUUUCGUGACUCAUUGUGGCUCGGGCUCUUUGGCAGAGGCUAUGGUGAAUGAUUGUCAAUUGGUGUUGGUACCCCAUGUUGGGGACCAGAUAAUUAAUGCAAGGUUAAUGGCUGGAGACUUGAGAAUUGGAGUAGAGGUUGAGAAAAGUGAAAAAGAUGGGUUAUUUACAAAGGACGAUGUUAACAAGGCAGUAAAAGCUCUAAUGGAUUGUGAUAGUGAGCUAGGGAAAGAGGUAAGAGCUAACCAUGCUAAAUGGAAGGAGUUUCUUUUAGCACCAGGGCUUGAAAAUUAUUACAUCAAUGAUUUUGUUAUGAAAUUGAAUAACUUGGUGUAA